AAAUAAGAUAAAAACACAACGGAAAAUCGGAAAAGAAAAGAAUGUGGAGCGGGAGCCGACUAGUGUUUCCUUGUACAGCCUCGGCUUCCUCACUGGCAUUCCUACUCCCUUCUUUCACUUCUUCCACUCAACUCAGCUUCAAAUCAUUCCUCACCCAUCGCCUUUACGUUUCUACGAAUGGCUUCCUCGUCUUCCUCCUCUGUCUCCGACGGUGACGAUAUCAAUCCUCCACCUCCCUCUUCUUCCAAUGAUGCCGCUUCCGCUAAUGCGGCUGCUGCCCCCUCGGCUUCCUCCGCCAUCGAUUUUCUCACUCUCUGUCACAGUCUUAAGACGACGAAGCGUGCGGGUUGGGUGCGGAGAGAUGUACAGAAUCCGGAAUCGAUAGCUGAUCAUAUGUAUCGAAUGGGAUUAAUGGCUUUAAUUGCUUCUGAUAUUCCCGGAAUUGAUCGUGACAAGUGUGUUAAAAUGGCAAUUGUUCAUGAUAUCGCUGAAGCCAUCGUUGGUGAUAUCACCCCUUCAGAUGGUAUAUCUAAGGAUGAGAAGAGUCGAAGAGAGCGUGAAGCCUUAGAUCAUAUGUGCAAAUUACUGGGUGGAGGGUCUAGAGCGAAAGAAAUAGCAGAGUUAUGGAUGGAGUAUGAAGAGAAUUCUUCCUCCGAGGCCAAAAUUGUCAAAGACUUUGACAAUUUGGAAAUGAUACUUCAAGCCUUAGAAUAUGAGAAUGAGCAAGGGGUGGAUUUGGAUGAGUUUUUCCAGUCAACUUCUGGGAAGUUCCAGACUGAUGUUGGAAAAGCUUGGGCCUCGGAAAUCUCAUCAAGAAGAAGCAGUGCCGUGGCUGGGGCGGUGCGAGAUGGGCGACCGUGCAAGGCCCCAAAAAAUAGGGGCCCCAAAAAAGUAUAUCUAUAAUGGCGUUUUUCCAAU